ACGCAGGGCUGACGUCACAGGCUGUGUGUUUUGUUUUUGGGAAGGCUGUGCAGACAGAGCAGCGAGCUGGGAGGAUAGCAGAGCACACAGCCUGGUGAAGGAGAAGGAUUCUCAAGUUGGAUUUUUUUUAAAGGCUCACAGGCAAGAUGCCAUCAGAGAAGAGUUUCAAGCAGAGGAGGACCCUAGAGCAAAGAGUGGAAGAUGUUCGACUCAUCCGGGAACAGCAUCCAACCAAAAUUCCGGUUAUUAUUGAAAGGUAUAAGGGGGAGAAGCAGCUUCCUGUGUUAGACAAAACGAAAUUCCUUGUGCCAGAUCACGUUAACAUGAGUGAAUUGAUUAAAAUAAUCCGGAGACGCCUACAGCUAAAUGCCAACCAGGCUUUCUUCCUUUUGGUAAAUGGCCAUAGCAUGGUGAGCGUGUCUACACCUAUCUGCGAAGUUUACGGUGUAGAAAAGGAUGAUGACGGCUUCCUGUACAUGGUAUACGCAUCUCAGGAGACUUUUGGGACGAAUUCUGCAUAAAAUACACAACAGAAUCAGCUUCUAUUAUUUGAUUUUUUUUUCUGGGUGACAAUUAUUAUUAAA